AUGCCGGGUCGUGUUCUCGGCCUACUUGUGGCGGUGUUUUUGCGCUUUCGUGACGUGUUCGGGGAUGGUGCUGUGCCCGCACAAUCGGCUCUGGGAGUGCGACUUGCAGACGAGGACUUGCAGCAGGGUGCGAUCGCUGGCAAGCUAUACAUCCGGAAGCCCAUAGUGGAUGCCUCCAGCCCCAGCAUCGAUUACUUCUCCGUCUACUGGGGCUCUGAUGCCAGCACCAAAGCCGCGGAAGAUCCUUUUGCCAUCUCCUACCUCAACAGCAGCAGCGGGCCCUCCCCUACCUGCUCUGGCAUAUCUUGUGACAGGAUUACCAUCGAGCGGCAGGGGAGCAGUUGGCUCAUUGGACGAGGGAUGAGUGGCUAUCAGAACAACGAGCAGGCAGACAUCUACCUGCCAAGUGCUGGCAAAGUCACAGUGACAUCCUUCCGCAUUGAGUCUGGCUGGGAUUUCCUGUUCAUCGAUGGAGCUCACUACAGUGGGAGCUAUUCCUACGGCGCCAUCGAAGCGAGCCCGACUGGGCCGAGCGUCAUUUCCUGGCAAUCUGAUGUUUCAGUCACCCAAGAUGGCUGGGAGCUUACAUUUGAACCUAUCUCCGUACCGAUUCACGAAGUGGACACUGCAAGAAUGCUGAUUCCACCAGCCGCGUCGCACGUGCUGGUGUACUCAGGGAACGGCUUUGGGGAGAUGCAAACACCAGCCUUCUCGCCCAUCCAUGACAUGUUUGUCAUUGCGCCGCCAUCCUCACUCACCUUUGCGGACAGCUCUGAUGCGCCCCACCACAUUAGUGGCCCUCUUCAGAUUGCGGCUUCCCAGAGCACUGAUGUCUUACGCUAUGAUGUCUUCUUCGGGGCCGGGCAGGUGCGCGGAGUCUGCUCUGGGCUUAUGGGCUUCCGCUUCCAGCCAGGCCUUCACCUCACAGACGACUGCUCCGGGAACGGAUUGCAUUUGAAGACCCUGGCGGCGGAGUCUGCGAGUGGACCCAUUGAAGCGGCCGGGCACGCUCUGGUCUUUGACGGUACAUUUUUUGGAGUCUCCGAUUCCAGCGACUGGCCGAUGGGUACUGGAAGCUGGUCACUGGUCACGUGGGCGAAUCCUGCGGUGCAGCCGGCUGCUUCGGUGCGACUGUUGGGCAAAUCGGGCUACAACGACGUUUACGGAAUUUACGGUGACGAGUUCGGCAUUUUUCUCACAUGGGACUUCCUGCCGAGCUGUGCCUCUUACUCUGCGUCCGCAGGUUCGUUCAGUUGCACCGGGACAUCUCCCUUGAUGCGAAACGCUUGGACCCACCUGGCUUGCACUUUCGAGCUCGCCGAGUUGGAAUCCUCCAUCCUGAAGCUCUACGUCAACGGGGCUUUGGCCCAGACUUGCUUUGUCUAUGGCCACGCAGACGAGCUAUGGCCGGUCCAUGAGGUUACGCUAGGUGGCCACUCCGGAGUGUUCUUUGAUGGUAUGCUCGACGAAGUUGCGGUUUUCCAACAUACCCUCACUGCAGUGGAGUUGAACCAGCUCUUUACGGGCGACCGCGUGGCGAGCCUUCUACCGGGAGGAGGCAUGUCUACUCAGCUGGACGGCUCUGUCCCAGCAAAUGCGACAACUCUGCAUGCCGUCGCCGUUGGGCAGUGGACAGAAAGCGAGCCUUUCAUCAUCGAUCUUGUGGACAAGGUGACCCCUGCACACCUGCCCGUUGGCGUUGACUUUAUCGACUCGGAUCCCAUACGUGGAAGCUACGGCGGACUGGUCACGGUCCAGCGUGCUCUCAACGAAUCAGACAUCUCGCACUACGUGGCAUACUGGGGUGCUUCCAGCAAUGCGAAGCUCGUGGGCUACACUGCCCUUGGCAGUGCAGUUGCGGACGGAACUGGUGAGGUGUUCAUUUAUGUGCCCUUUCAAGCGCCGCCGGCGGGCGCCAGCCACAUCGUGGUGGUCUCCGCAAUGAACGGAGGGGCCAUGGCGGGAGAGAGCUCAUCUGCUAUUGGUGUCGCGCUGCAAGACUAUGCUCCGCCCAGCGUAACGGCGCAGGAAGUGACCUUUACAGAUACUGAUCCAUUUGCUGGACAGGUCUCAGGAGAGAUCCGAGUUACGGCAGCAAGCGAUGAAACUGAUGUCGUCUCCUACAACCUGUACUUCAGUCACAAUGGGAUCGCGCUUCAGCUGAUCCAGAAGCUUCCAGCCUCUGGAGCCUCGGAACUGACACACUCGCUGAGCGGCGCACUACUGCCGGCCUCAGCAUCCAGCAUCCUGGUUUUGGUGGAGGGCUCUCAAGGAGAAGCACAAACUGGAGUGGCCACAUCCGGCUUGGAUUUCAACACGCUGGAUUCGCCUGGAGACAUUGCGUUCCAGGACGAGGAUUCUGGAUUGAACUCUUUGGGAGGUACCAUCACGAUUCAGCGAGCAAUCCAGGAGGCGAGCAUCCAAGCCUACGAGUUGUACUGGGCGCAGGGCGGCGCCCUGCCGGAGCCCACUCGGUUGAGCCUCCUGCGGGAAGUGCCGCUGACAUCGGGAACCACCACUACCAUAACCUUCGAGAUGAUCGAUUCAUAUGGUGACGGAUGGAACAAUGCCUACUACUACAUCCGAACAGGCACCGGGGACCUGAUCGCCGAGGGCACAUUCACCAGUGGCUACUCUGAGACACACACCAUUGACAAUGUCCCGGUUGCCGAGACGCUGACUCUGACAGUGACUCAGGGCGGCUGGCCCUCGGAGAUUUCGUGGACCCUGACGUCUGGCAGCACGGUCUUGAGUUCCAGCACAGACACUUUUCCUACGAACAUGCCUUUCAGCGUGUCGGGAGGGAGCCCAGUGGGCGAGAGUGGCGUUACCUUCUCCCCCGGUUUGCUCGCGGUGUCGCUGCCGCACGGCACUGCUCCCAGCGCAGAUCAUUUCUUGGUGCUGUGCAAGUUGGAUUCAGGUGCAGAGUCUGCAGCAGCCUGGGUGGCCAUUUCCGAUUUUGCGCCUCCCUCUGCGGUCCCCAGCUCCAUUGCGUUUCAGGACACGGAUGAGGGAGUGAGGAGCAUUGCUGGAUUGAUUACGCUUGGUAGGGCAGCAGAUGAGUCGAGCAUCACCGAGUACAAGGUGUACUUCGGCAGCGGCACCUCUGAAAAACUGGCCCGGGACUUGCAGGGCCUUCAGUACCAGCUCUUCGUUUUCGCGCAGGAUGGCACUUUCCCUGCACUCAAUGGCAGGCAGCCUACAUCGGAAGGCGUGCAUGAGCGCCUGCGCUUUCUUCAGUCGGAUUUCGGGUGGCCGGAGGCUUUCCAGGUGGGCUUUGCGGCCCGCUGGACUGGCUUCUUCCGCAUCACCGUGCAGGGCACCUACUCCUUCAAAGUGCUGUCCGACAAUGGCUGCAAGGUGUGGGUGGCCGGGGAUCUGGUGAUUGACGCCAGCUCCGGGGCAUUUGGUGAAGAGAUCAGCACAGGACAAGUCUCGCUGCCGAACGGCACACACGCCCUUCAAGUUGAUUUCUUCGUGGCGAACGGGACAAAUGCGACUUUGGUGCUGGAAUACAGUGGUCAAGAAACAGCAUGGGCUUGGGCCAACGUGUCCGAUAUUUUCUACGGAGUUGAGACUAAUGCAAUUGCAUCGAUCAGCACUUCUGGCACUGAUCCGCUGGCAAUGAGUCUUGGGACUACUGUCCUUCCAGCCCGUGCGACUCACCUUCUUGCCGUUGGCUCCUCGCCUAGUGGAGAGAGUGAGGCAGUGGCAGUGAUUCUCUCUGAUUAUGCCCUGCCCAGAGCCGCUGCCUCCGAUGUGACUUUUUCAGAUGUGAAUCCGAUGGCGGGUUUGUAUGCCGGGACGGUGAACUUUCUUCGAGCUGUGGAUGAAGCCAGCAUCACCCAGUAUCUCCUUUUUUGGGGUAGCAGCGCUUCAACCCCUGAUUCCAGUCUUGGCUCUCUUGGGCACUACUUGGUCAGCCUUUUCAGCUGCUCUCGGUCGGAUCUGUGGUUUGACGGCAUCUCCGUGGUCGACUGGUUGUGGUUUGGCGGCUCAGCCAAUUCCUUGGAGGACCCCUCCCUCACAUCAUUUCGCGCACAAUGUGAGCAACGUUGCCUGAGUUCUGUGCCGGGGUGUACUGGCUUUGUGUUGGCGGUGGGGGCUGGGCUAGCCAAUUGCCAAUUCUACGUCACCGACAUGAACCAGCUCGUUGGUCGUCCGGUCUAUGGCUAUGGCUACGGCGAUUCAGGCAAUACAGCAUCCGAUAUGUGCUUGGUCUCCCGCGCGGUCACGGGAGCCAUCGAUUUGCCCAGCUCAGAAGCACCUUCCGGAGCAACUCACUUGGUGGUCGUCAGCGCUUAUGAAAACAACUCAAUGGCCACGGGAGCCGGCGUGGCGCUGGUGGAUUAUGCAACCAUUUCGGUGGCUCCUGCCAGCAUUACCUUCGAGGACACCGACGGAUCCUCCAACGCAGUGGGCGGGACUGUCACCAUUGGCGCUGUUGCGGAUGAGUCGGAGAUAAGUGGUUAUGUCGUUUACUGGGGCGAGAGCAAUACCUCCAAGUUGCCUGGCGGCAACAUCGGCUUGCACGCGGAGUUCUUUGCACUACAGGAGUGCCCAUGCCACCACUGUGCGGUGAACUUCUCCAGUCGAGUGCCGUUCUUGACUCAGUCUGAGUCCAGCCUUCUCUACAGCCCCUCACGGCCAGGGGGCAGCUUUUCGGCUUGGCCAGGCCUGAACAGCAGCGAGCUCUUUGCUGCCAGGUGGACGGGCUGGCUUUAUCUCCAUGCAGAUGGAGACUACCAGAUCACUGCUGCGGCGGACGACGCUUGCAAGUUGUUCAUCGAUGGGGUUGAGGUGUUGUCUAUGUCGGCAAGUUCGGGGUUCAGCCAGACCUUGGUCUAUGAAUUCAUGAGCGCAGGGCUGCAUCAGGUGGAGCUGCAGUACUAUCAGUGCAGAGGUGCCUCGGGCAUCUCGGUUUCUGCAUCGGGCCCAGCGACUGGCUUCGUGGACAUGAGCCUUUGGGCGUUGACCAGGCAUGGGACUUUUGCCAGGCCGGCCUUCCUGACCGCUCCCAAAACUGGCGCCGAUGUGGAGGUGUCGAUUCCAGCUGGAACUGCUGUGCCCGGAGGUGCAACUCAUUUGUUGGCCUUUGCACAGGCGUCCUCGGGUUUUGACUCCUUGCUGUCGACCAGCACCGCUUUGCUGGACUUUGUCCAGCCCACGGUGGCCGCAGAGGCUGUGAGCUUCAAUGAUGUAGAUCCUACACCGGGGGUGAUACAGGGGGUCAUCACCAUCCGGAGAGCACAGAACGAGGACCGCAUCAAUGCCUACAAGGUCUACUGGGGCUCCAGCGCCACAGACAUUUUGAACAUCUCCAACUCCACGGCGAGGCGCUUGUCGACUUCCAGGCCUUCCUGCACCGGGCUUUCCUGCUCGGACAUCCAGAUUACAGGCAGUGGCAAUUCCUGGGUGGUGUCUCGUGGCAGCUACGAUAAUCACGAGAGUGCGGACAUCAUUUUGACCGGACCUGCUGAGAUCAUGUUCUUGGAACUUAACACAGAGACGUGUUGCGACAAGCUCUACUUCCCACAGGAUGUCUUCAGUGGAUACACAACCCCGGAGCCCCUGUCGCUGGGGGAUGGUACGCAUGCAGUGCAGUGGGUCUCAGACUUCUCGGUCACCUCAGGUGGCUGGAGCUUCUCAUACACCUACCUGGGGAGCUCUGAGGGCACCUCUCCAAGUUUGAUUGCCAUGAUCCCGAAGCCGGAGCAUCUGCACGACUUGCAAGUCCAACUCGAGCGCCAACAGCUCAUAGGUAGCCAUUUCAUCGUGAAGGCAGCUUACGACUCCACCGAAAGCGACACCUCCGUGGCGGUGGAAAUUCAAGAUCUGGCACCAGAAGAGAUCCCUGUUGGCAACUUGAGCUUCAGUGACACACAUUUGGCCAUGGGGUACAUUGGAGGAAGCCUUGAAAUUGGACAGAGCGUGUCAGGCAUCACUGGGUAUCGCAUCUAUUGGGGUUCCAACAGCACCCACUUGAUUGCUCCAGGAUUUGCCGGACUUGAGGGACAGUAUUUCUACUUGUCCUACAGCCCCGACAGCAUCCCAGACAUGGACUCCUUGGUCCCAGAUCUGGUGAAGAUUGACCUGCAAGUCUUCCAGGCGCAGACGCUUUCUGCCUGGCCAGGAUUGAGCGUUGAGGACAACUUCGCUGUUCGCUGGACCGGCUAUGUAAAGAUCGAAGCGGCUGGCAUGUAUCGCUUCACGCUGGACUCAGACGAGGGCAGCAGGCUAUUCAUCAAUGGAGCAUUGGUGGUAGAUAAUGAUGGAGUUCAUGGCAUGCAGUCUUCGACAGGAGAGAUUUCUCUUGUUUCAGGCUUUCACAGCCUGCAACUCAAUUACUUUGAAGGCCUAGCUGAAUCUGGAAUGAUCUUGGAAUACAGUGGGCCAGACACUGCUGGUUCAAGGGUGGUGAUCCCUCAAAGUGCAUUGCGCCACGGAUCUCUCAACAAUGCGCUGAUUGGGGAAGUCGUUGCAGCUUCGUCCAGCGCGACUGUCCUGGAUAUUCAGAAUCUAUCCUUGCCAGAAGAUGCUACACAUCUGAUAGUGCGAGCCUUCAAUGAUCAGGGUGAGAGCUUGACAGGUGCAUCUGUCGAGCUGAACGAUGCUUUCAGGCCCACAUCACUAGCUGGGGCUGUUCAGUUUGUGGAUGAAGACCCCACUGAGGGGUUGAUUGCCGGCACUAUUGUGGUGGAGGCAGCAGCAGAUCCCAGCACAGUGUCCCACUAUGUGAUUUAUUGGGGUAGCUCCUCCGAUGUCAAGCUGGAUCAGGUUCCACUGGCAGAAAUUGAGUCAACUGGUGGCUCGGGCAAUCAGGGGAGCUGCGGUUUGAAAGGGGAAGACACGACCCCUUUGCGCUUUUCCCGCAAUGGCGUGAACGGCCCGAAGAUUGUCAAUGGUCAGGAUGCCAGCCACUGUGAAUGGAGAUGGCAGGUGAGCCUUCGUUAUUCGUCAGGGUUUCACUUCUGUGGAGGUGCCUUGAUUUCGCCCAAGUGGGUCAUGUCAGCGGCGCACUGCGUUGAUGGUGCUGGCAGUUUCGUGGUUGUUGUUGGUGACUAUGACAAGGACUCCCCAUCCGAUGCGCACGAGCGGACACACAGCGUCCACCGCGUCAUCUCACACGAGAGCUAUGAUUCGUACACCAUGUCUCAUGACUUUGCACUCAUCGAGCUCGAGCAAGAGGUAGAUAUGACUCAGUGUGUUGGAACAGCUUGCCUUCCAGACGCUCAUGUUGAGGUCGGCCAGGACUGUUACAUCACUGGCUGGGGAACUCUUUCCUCUGGUGGCUCAACUCCUGCUCGACUGCAGGAGGGUCUUGUCAUAGCUUUGAGCAACACUGAAUGCAAUGCCAGGUAUGCGGGCGAAAUCCUGGACGACAUGCUGUGCGCACAGGGAACUGCUGCUGGGGGCAUUGUGGAUGCUUGCCAGGGUGACAGUGGUGGUCCCUUGGUAUGCCAAAGAGCAGAUGGAAGGCAUGUACUGCAUGGAGCAACCUCAUGGGGAUAUGGUUGCGCUCAAGCCCAGUAUCCGGGUGUUUGGGCGCGCAUUGCUUCCAUCCUUCCAUGGAUCCACAUUCACACCGGAUUGCAGUCUCCAGGAGAUUCUUCUGUAGGCAACCUGACCUACAAUCUGAGCUCUCAAUCCAUCCCGUCAUCUGCAACACAUUUACUUGUGUAUACCGCCAUGCAUGGUGCAGAGAUGGAAUCCGGCAUCAGCAUCCCUCUUGUGGACUACGCGCCUGUGGAUGUCGUGCCUUCCUCCAUCAACUUCACUGACGAGGAUGCCUCUCCUGGUGAGCUGGGUGGAGUGAUCCAUCUGGGCCGAGCAUCGGAUGAGACGCAAGUCACCGGCUAUGCGGUCUACUGGGGCUCUUCCGAGACACAGACUCUGGAGCUGCUGGCUGAGGUGAGCAAAGGGUCUGGUACGUUGGAGAUUGCCAUGGCCACGAACACGCCGCUGCCGUCUGCAGCCACCCACUUGCUGGGCUUUGCCAUUACCAGAGCCGGCCGGGGCCUGCGAAGUGUCUCCCAGCAGAUCCUGGAUGUGGAUGACACGCUGUCGCCCGGGGGCCUUGUCUUUGAGGACACGGACGCAUCUGCAGGGCUGGUGGGUGGCACGGUGACCGUCCAGCGUGCCGCGAGCACAAGCGGCAUCUCAGCCUACAACCUCUACUUCAGCGACGGGAACUGCAGCACGCUAGGCGCCCAGAUCGCCAGUGUGGCCGUGUCCCAAAGUGGCAGGGCGCCGCUUUGCAUUGAGGGAAAUGCUUGCUCAGACAUCACCAUCACGCAAGAGGCGUCGGGGCGCUAUGUGAUUUCUCGAGGGAUGAGCGGCUAUCGGAAUGACGAGCAUGCCAAGAUUUCCGUGGAUGGGCCCGGGUCGGUUCACUUCUCCCGCUUCAGCACGGAGAUGGGCUACGACAUGCUGAGGGUGGACCAGGCCUCCUUCUCAGGGGAGGCACUGCCCGCCAGUGUCGCACUGGGCCCGGGGCCCAAGGAGAUCGAGUGGACCAGCGACUAUAGCGUGACCCGCGAUGGCUGGGUCGUCACCUUCGAAGCCCAAGGCUCGUUUGGUGACGUGGGCCACACGCUACCCAAUGGUACAUUCUUGCCCGCGGGAGCAAGCAGACUGCUGGCGUUCUCAGUGGCCAACGGAGCGGAAUACAGGCAAGCAUGUGCCUCGACGCCCGUUGUAGACUAUGCGCCUCCGAACCAGGUAGCGCAGAACGUGUGGUUCGAAGAUGAAGACUCCGCAGGAGCACAAGUGGCAGGUACCAUCACCAUCCUGCAGGCUCGUCAGCACACGGUACUGCUUGAGUAUCGGAUCUAUUGGGGGAUGACCUCGACGACUCGCCUUCCAAAUGCCAACAUGUUAUUGUCAGUGGUCGCAUCGUCACCUGGCACCAACCUGACCGCAGUCCUGAGCGCGACUGCCCUCCCCACGAAUGCCACACAUUUGCUGGUGUUUUCUGCGUCUGCUCAAGGGGAGGCGCCCAGACCUGCAAGUACCGAGAUCGUGGACUUCAACCCGGCGCAAGAAACUGUGCAGAACCUGAGCUUCACAGACACCGACUCUGCCCAGGGAGUGGUGAGCGGUAGCGCUCAACUUGUCAGGGCAAGCGAUGAGUCUACCAUAGAGAGCUACAACCUGUACUUCUCCAACGGCCAACAGAAGAUCAGCUUUGUUGGCUCCGCGCCCGCUCCAGCAGGUGCGGCCAGGCCAUCUUGCCGCGGCGACUCAUGCGCCCAGAUUUCCAUCACAUCGGUGGCAGCUGCCUACGAAGUGUCGCGCGGUACCUCGUACAACAACAACGAGGAGGCAGUCAUCGUGAUCACAGGGCCUGGCCUUUUGCGCUUCACCUUCUUCAACACCGAGGCCGGCUACGACUUCCUGCAGAUCAUGGGCACGCCAUACUCUGGCAACCAGCUCCCAGCCGACAUCCCCAUUCCGGCAUCAAGCCACGAGAUCGUUUGGCGGUCUGAUGGCUCUGUGACCACAGGAGGCUGGGUGUUUCAAUACGAAGGCACGAUAUCCGAGGUGCUGAGCAUUCCAGUUCCACAAAGCACCAUCCCCACUGGUGCCGUUUCGCUGCUCGUGGUCACAAGUGGCGCUGGAGGUGAAAUGGACGUUGGAGUCACAACUCCCUUGGAGGACUACCAUCCUCCGAUGGCUACGCCUCAGUCAGUCCAAUGCCAAGAUCAGGACACCAGCAUAGGUGUCAUUCAAGGCACAUGCACAGUGAGGCGUGCAGCCAGCGAGGAUGGGGUCACGGCCUAUGUGGUGUACUGGGGAAUGAACGCAACUCACGCCAUUGAGGGCGUGCCAAUGUUGGGGGUUGUCACAUUGGCAGACUCAGCGUUGUCGGUGGAUGUGCCAAUUGCCCAGACAGCAAUCCAUUCUGGCGCGAGCCAUCUGCUGGCUUUCGCAGCAGGUCCGGGGGGUGUUGCGCCUCAGGGCGUCUCCACGCUGCUGGUGGACAAUGCCGGCCUGACGCUGUCGCCCUCCAGCCUGGACAUUUUGGGCACUCCCAACUCCACGGUCACGGGCAGCGUCACCAUCAACAACGCCGGCACCAGCGGUGUCACGCUCAACGUGGAGCUGCUCUUUGACACAGGCUCCGCAGAAGGGAGCUCCAGUGCAGCUGGCUCCAGCUCCAGCCCCAGUUCCAGCUCCAGCUCUAGCAGCUCCAGCGCUUACACCUUGCCAUCCGCCUGUUUGCAGGGCUCCCUGCCGGUGGGCAAGAACCGCCUCAUCUUCAAGGCCAAGGCCGACACGAAAGAGGCCAGGCGCUUGCACGCCAAGAAUUUGGAGAGCAGACACGGGGCCAAGGUGAAGAGCUUUGAUCAUUUGGGGGGUCUGGCCUUUGCAGAGCUCAAGAACACUUCUCUGAAGAGCUACUGCCAACUGUUUGUGGACUUGGAGAACGACCCGCUGGUUGCCUUUGUGGAGGAAGACAAGACAUGGCAUGCCAUUGGGAACACCAUCCAGGUGGAGGAGGAUUUGUUCCUGAGCCCAGGCAAGAAGCCCCUUCCACGCCCUCGUGUUGGCCGGAUGCAUCGCUCCCAGAGCGCCUCGAGCAACGCUCGCUCCACUCCCAAUGACGACGAAUUCGACGAGUUGUGGGGUUUGCACCAGGGCAACGAUGUGGACAUUGAUGCACCGGAGGCUUGGGCGAUUCACCAGGGUUUGAAUGGCCGCGUGAUCAUCGCGGUGAUCGACACGGGGGUGGACUACAAUCACGAGGAUCUCCGCAAUCAGAUGUGGACAAAUCCUGGAGAGAUACCGGGCGAUGGCAUCGACAACGACGACAAUGGCUUUGUGGAUGAUGUGUAUGGUUACAACUUCUAUGCUGGCAACGGUGAUCCCAUGGAUUCAAAUGGCCAUGGAACGCACUGUGCAGGCACCAUUGGUGCAGAAGCCGGCAACUCGGUGGGUGUGGCCGGCGUCUCCUGGAAGCCACAAAUCAUGGCUCUGAAGUUCCUGGGUCCCAACGGAGGCUCCACUUCAGAUGCUAUCCGUUCAGUGGACUACGCUGUGCAAAUGGGUGCGCAGAUCAGCUCGAACUCCUGGGGGGGCGGCGGCGUCUCUGAAGCGCUUCGUGCUGCCAUCACCGAAGCGGCCAACCAGAACCACUUGUUCAUUGUGGCUGCAGGCAACGAUGCGCAAAACAACGAAGUCACACCAAGCUAUCCUUGCAACUACAACUUGCCCAACAUGAUUUGUGUGGCGUCCACAGACAGUCAGAACGACAUCUCGUCUUUCUCCAACUGGGGCACCAAUGUUGUCCAUAUUGCUGCCCCUGGAUCCAGGAUUUAUAGCACCUACCCAAACAACGGGUAUGCAAGCCUUUCCGGGACAUCGAUGGCAACCCCGCAUGUCUCGGGCGUCGCUGCAUUGGUCCUUGACUACGUACCUACGCUCACAUAUCGGGAACUGCGUCAGCUCAUUCUGGAUUCCGCAGUGAGGUUUGACAAGUUUGCAAGCAAGGUCUCUACUGGAGCCUUGCUGAAUGCACACGCUGCGCUUGUCAUGGCAAGCGAUCAUGCAUGGGCCCGCUUGACCGCGCCCACCACCGGGGCCGUCACGGUACCAGCCCAGGGCUCGGCCACGAUCUCUGUGGAGCUGGGAGGACCCAGGCUUGAGCAACGGGAGUAUCGAGCCAGGCUACGCAUUUGGAGCCUGGUGGGUGACAUCCUCUACUCGCGCCUGGUGCCAAUUCUCUACACCCUCCACGAAUUUGGUUCAGGUCCAACUGUGGGUCCAGUGGGUCUUGAGUUUGCAGAUGUUGAUGGUGGCAGAGGUGUCAUUGCAGGUGCUUUGACAAUCACCAGAGCAAGCCCGGAGGAGGAAGCGACCUUUUCGCAGUACCACAUCUUUUGGGCUGAUGCCAGUGAGCGUCGUAUGUCUGAGGCGCCUUUUGCUGCUUUGGACACCGGGAGUCUGCUUCACGACGACUUUGCCUUCUUCGAUUCCUCCUUUUGGUUUGCCGCCGACUCAGACACCUGGUCCGUGUCCGAGGGGGCCGCGGUGUUUUGGGGCCCCUACGCCACCAGCCACCUCGCCCUGGCGCGGCGCUUUGCCCCGCCCUUCACGGUGAAGACCAAAGCCAAGAAGGCCAGCGGCGCGCUGGCGCACAUGGUGGUGCAGAUCGGCGGCUCAGAUGCCAGCCUCUUCGGGGUUGCAAGCGGGGUACGAGCUAUGUUCCUUGGAUCCCAGAAGGUCUUGGUGGCCUCUGACGGACACCAUGAAUCGGUUCCCUGCACCUUGGGCACGUGGUUUGAAGUGACCAUCACAGUCCGCUCCAACUCCGUGACCUUCGCAGACAAUCAGGGAUGCCCGGAGAUCGUCAUUCCUGCCAACAUCGAGACCACUCAACACAUCCGUAUUGGCGCAGAUUGCACUGGAGAUUGCGCUACGAAUGGUGGGAGCAUGUGGGAAUAUUUCGAGGUGAGUGGCGGACUUUAUGCAACCUUCAACGUUCCUGUGAAUACACUCAUUCCGACAAAUGCAACAGGAUUCGUGGCACAUGCUUGGAACGUUCUGGGCCUGCAGCUGAAUGGAGUCUAUGCCCCUGUGGCAGAUCAUCGAGUUGCCGUGCGCGCAGCACAGCCCCAGGAUGUGAGAGCAAGCUCGCCGAGCACAAAUCCUACAAGCAGCCUUAUGGUGUCCUGGACUCGCGGGUUGCUGAAUGACUGUUCUUCACAUUUCCAGAGGUACGAAGUUUCAGCACAAGACUCCAAUUCAGACUGGUUCGCAGUUCAGGGUUGCCAAAACUUGGUGAACCUGAAUUCCCAAAGCUGCCUGGCGACGGAGCUGAGCAGCGACGUGCCAUAUCAGUUCAAGGUGCGCGUGGUUUGCAGCCUCGAAGAGACCCAGAGUUUCUGGAGCGAGAUCUCCGCGACGGCAGUGACGCAUCCUCUCCCGGCCGCUGCUCCAACACAGGUUCGAGCCCGACUUCCCAGCUCCUCUGUGUUGUUGGUGUCGUGGCAGACGGAGAUGAUGAAUGACUGCGAGUUUGUGGAGUCCGUGGUUGAAGCGCAAGUGGUGGGGCAGAGCUCUUGGUUCCGGCCGGAGGGAUGCACCGGUCUGACGCUCCUCAACUCUUAUCACUGCACUGCGCAGGCGCUGAUACCCGACACAUCCUACAUCUUCCGAGUGCAGACCAGCUGCUCCGACCCUUUGUCAAGUAGUGGCUACAGUUCAUCAAGCACCCCAGCCUCAACACUGGCCAGCGCACAAGACUGGGAGUCAUCGCAGCGGCGAAUGCUUUCCGUCAGCAUGACGUCAGACCUGGAUUACAACACUGUCCUGUCGACACCCAACCUCAAGCAAGGGCUGAUUGCACGCAUCAUCAGUGAUACGGCGACCCGGCUAAAUGUUGAUGCCUCAAAGGUACAAGUGGAGGUGCUGGCUGGUUCCACGCUUUCCUCCUCUCGCCGACUUUCCACUGUGUCCACAGUGUUUGCUGUGACGGUUGAAGGUGUUGAUGAGACAGAGACACCGGACACUACGAGCAGCAUGGCACAAGGGGUCGCCUUUGCGGUGCAAGCAGAAACUGGCACCGCAAGUGAGGUCUCGGUGAGCAGUGCCCUCAGCCUUACUGCGGCAACUGCUCCGGAGCGUAUUCUGUGGACUGAUUUGGGCGACGGAAGCGUGCAGCUGACGUGGAACGCGAGGCCGUUGAAUGACUGCUCCUUCCUGGCUUGGCAUGUUGUUGCCUUGUCAGGAAGCUCUGAGUUGUCGCCAGCAGGCUGUUCCAAUCUUGUGAACCUCUCUAAGACUAGCUGCACAGUUUCUGGCUUGGAUCAAAGCCGCAGCUAUAUGUUUGCGGUGUCUGUCUUGUGUGCGGAUCCUGCAGCAAGCAGUCAGCGAUCUGAAACCAGCGAUGCUUGGCCCUUGAGCCCUUUGCCAGGUCUCGUCUCUGCGGAAUUUUCUGAGGAUUUCUCUGCUCUGCUUUUGACGUUUCACAGAGUUGUCACUGCUGCGGAGCUGGUUCCAACCACUUGCACAGACGCCUUCGGUAAUGUCACUCGGGAUGCACUUGGCAGUGGCAUCACCUGCAAGGUGAUAGGAUCACAGAUGCGCGUGACUCUGGGUGAAGGAGCAUCUCUGCUUUUGGGUGAGAUUAUUCACAUGAACACUGCAAGAGGUUCCGCUGCGGUGACUUCAAGGUCAAAGGCGCCAUCAGUCGUGAGCAUCUUGUCUGCCACACCAUCCGUUACCCAAGCUUGCGAUCCUGUAGUGCUCCUGCUGCAGGCAUCCGGUGCUGCUGGAAGGGCGCUUAACAUCAAGUGGAUGACAGACCGUCCAGGCUCCUUGCAGAACUUGCUGGACUCUGCUACCGAGGACUCAGCCUCAAGCCUGACUCUCUCCCCGACACUUUUGCAGGAGAUUCUUGCUACAGUGGAAGGAGACAGCGCUAGCAUUACGGUAAAUGUGAGCGUCCAAGUCAGCAACUGGCUCGGCCAGAAUGCGACUGCCAGUGCCGCCGUGACUUUGCUGAAGAGUGCUUCCUUGAUCGCAAGCAUUCAAGCCUCAGGUCCAGCACAGCUGGUUCGCCAGUUUGACGAUCCCUUGGAGCUCGAAGUAACCACCAGUAUUGGCAGCACCUGCGAGUCCAACCUUGAGGCUAAACUGACAACCACCUGGCAUUACCGACCCUCGGAUUCGGCAACAUGGAUGACUCUGGCAGAGGCAGGUUUGUCCGACUUGUCCGCGAUGCCAAACAUCCUACGCCUUGCACCAUAUGCUCUGCCAUCUGGCAGUCAUGAACUGCGAGCCACAGCGGCAUUUGAGGGUGCCGUCGGUGAGAGCGACUCUCUUGCCUUUAGCAUCACAGUGGAGAGCCCUACACUGGACUUUGAGAUCAGCGGGCCUCAAUCUGUGGGAGUUGGCUGUGGCUUUGAGCUAGGCGCUACAGUCGCGGCCUCGCACCCUGAUGCAGUGCUGUCAUAUCAAUGGGCGUGCCUGCAGCCAGAUAAUUGUAACUCCAUUGCAAAUUUUGCAGCCAGCGCAGAAGUGUUGGAUGGCUCAGGGUAUUCAGGAGCUCGACUUGCAGUUGCGCCGGCCAACGUUUCUCAAGGAGCAUAUACGUUCAGUGUCACUGUGACAAUGCAUAUUGCGAGCAUGCCUUCUGAGCCUUCUGUAUCUCUUCAGAAGGAGGUCAGUGUCCUGGUGGAGCCGGGUGGCCCCCUUCCGGUGGAGAUCAUCACACCAUGGAGCAGCAUGGACCACAUCUCAGUGCAGGCGACGAGGUUGGCUGAGGCUGUCGUUGCUCGCGUGGGGAGCAUGGCGGAUGAGUGUAAGGUUCCAGGCUCUUUGGUGUACAAGUGGGUUCUCGCAACUGCUGCCGAGCCCAGUCAAAUCGUCGCCAGCCUCGACACCAAGGUGGUCCUCUCAGGCCUGGCCACUGUGACAAGCAUAUCCUUCGAGGGGAAUGCACUUUUGCCCUCGGUGAGCUACGUGUACGCCCUGCUGCGUGCGGAGAGCUCUUCUCAGCUGACUCAAGGGGAGGAGUCCGCCACAUUGCAAGACGCUGCAUCUCUGGGCAUCUCCGUCUCAAAGUCUUCCCCCUUCGUCGCUGAUGCCGCGCCUUCUGCGGGCCUAGCUGUGGCAACUCCAGAGAUGGGAGAGGCUUUGAAGACGAAGUUUGUCCUCAGCACGGCCGGCUGGUCCGACGAGGACAGUUUGUCUCUACGCUACGCCUUCUAUCUCUUCCCAGUCGCGGGCAGCUUUAACAUUACUGUUGGCGAAGACGGGAAGCUGCGAUCCUCGCCCGCUUUCCAGCCGCCCCUGAUCAAUUGGGAUGACCCUGACAGCGCAGAGUACUGGGUGAAACUGGGCGGCCUGGCAGUGCGAGGCUUCGGAUCUGCCGCCAGCGCUGAAAGCCGCCUCCCCAGCAACACCUUCGUCACGGUCGCCCGUGCACGGGACAAACUCGGGGCAGUGGCCGACUCUGCUGUCCUGGGUCCAGUGGUACAGCAGCCGGCCAGUCUCUCCACCUCGGACCUGACGAAUGUGCUGGCAGAGUCGCAGACUUCCAGCGAUCCCAGUCAGAUUCUGAUGUCAGUUCAGACGGUCAUGAGCAUGUCAGGUUCCGUGGACGGGGAAUCCUCAGCAGUGACGGCAAUGGCACUCGAUGCCUUGGCCAGCGUCACGACCAUGGUAGAUGGAAGUGAUGAGACCUUGCAGCAAAUGGGAACGGCUGUCACCCAGGUUAUCGCUGGGAGUGCUGCAGACAAGUCUUCCUUGACGAAGGCUGCUGACGUGAUCGAAUCCUGUUUGGCACUGGCCAGCGAUGGCGUGUCGGCCGCUGCUGGGGCGUCACUGCUGGGAGGCAUCGCGUCCAUCGGCGGAUCCUCCUCACAGCUGGACAGCACCGAAGUGAAGUCGGUGAGCUCGAAGCUCACCUCGCUGGUCUCCGACCUGGGACAAGCAGCCGUGAAGUUUUUGCAAGCUGGUGAGGUGCAGGAGAUCAAUUCGGUGGAUGAGAGCGGCGAAGGCAUCAAAAUGGCUGUGACGAAGCAGUCAAGCGCUGAGGUGGCUUCUCUUGGAGUGCAGAUGCAGCGCCUGUCGAUCCCUGCGGGGGCCUUCGCAGGGCGAAGGCUUGACGCCAGCUGCGGUGAGAUGGAGGUUCAGGUCACGGAGUGGCUGAAGAGCAAUCCGUACAGCUAUACCCAGAAGGUGGUUGGCAGUGAAGGCUCUGUAGCAGAGAGCGCUGAUGUGUUUUCGGUUGAGAUCACCUCCUGCUCCUUUCCAGCCGUGGUUCUGGAACCCGUGAGUGUGUCGCUUCCUUUGCCAAGCUUUGGAGCCGGCUCCGACUUUGUCCCGACUUGUGCUCGCUUCGACUCGUCCAGCGAUUCUUGGACCAGCGAUGGUGUUUCUACCAGCAUAGACUCAGCUUCAGGCAAAGUGACAUGCUCCUCCACUCACACAAAGACGUCAUACGCGGUCUUCGCAGAUGUUGCCAGAACAUCGACGACCACUGCUGAAUCUGAAGAAAUGUCUUCCUCUUUACCGUCAUCCGGACUAUCCGCGACAUUCCAGGUUGCGUUCUCGGCAGUUUUGAUUUGUGCCGCUGCAUAG